AUGGAGUAUGCGAGAACAGAGCAGCAGCAACAGCAGCAGCAGCAGCACCAACUGCUACAGCAGCAGCAACAGCAGCUCCAGCAGCAGCAGCAGCAGCAGCAGCAGCAGCAGCAAGUUAGCGCUGCAGCAGCAGCAGCAGCAGCAGCAGCAGCAGCUGCUGCUGCUGCUGCUGCUGCUGCUGCAGCUCUUCUCUCCAACCUGCAGCAGAAGGAUAAACUGCAGCAGCAGGACAAACACCAGCAGCAGCAACAACAACACAGCAAGCGGGAGAAGAGACAGCGGGAGCCACAGCACUCCUACAGCAGCAGCAGCAGCAGCAGCAGCAGCAACAGACGUUGCAGCAGCACCUCGUCAGCAGCAGCAGCGAUACCAGCAGCAGCAGCAGCAGCAGCACUAUCACCAGCAGCAGCAGCAGCAUCAGCACCACCGUCACCUCCACGAGCAGCCGCAGCAGGAGCACCAGCAGCAGCAGCAGCAUCUCCUGCGGCAGGAGCACACGCAGCAGCAGCAGCAACAGCAGCAGCAGCAGCAGCAGCAGCAGGAGCAGCAGGAGGAGAGGGAUACAAUGUCAAUCCGCGGGAUUCAUCUAUCCUCCCCUGGGGGCCCAGGGUCAUCACCGAGGAGCUGGUGGCGGGGCGGGGAGAGGAGGAGGAGGAGACAGAGGGCUGCAUCGGCCUCGUGGAGAUGCUCUACACCUGCAACAUACUAGCUGUCGUCGGCAAGGGUACAGGAGAAGUAUGGAGAGAGAGCAGCUGCGUGCUGUGGGAUGAUAGACAGGCGAAGCCAAUCGUUCGUCUCGACUUCGCCGCAAAAAUUGUUUCGCUUCUCAUGCUCAGAGAAUCGUUGCUGGUGGUGCUGGAGCAGAAGGUUUGUAUCUAUCUGCUGCGGGGGCUCAGCCUGAUAGACACGUUGGUGACGUCGCCGAACCCCUCUGGCCUGUGUGUUGCUGCAGCAGCAGGAGAAGCAGCAGCAGCAACAACUGCAGCAGCAGCAGCAGCAGCAGCAGCAGCAACAGCUGCUGCUGCUGCAGCAAGAACACCAGAAACAACAACACAACAAACACACAGACAAACACUUGCCGUCGCCUGUCCGGCGCUGCAGAAGGGGACAGUGCAAGUGCUGUUUUAUUCUAUCCCCGCGGAGGGGGUGCCGGGCGCUCCUGACGAGGCCGGAGGAACAGAACCCGACACAGCACUGAUACAAAGCCUCUCCAUAUGGGAGAGUAGUCAAGGUGUGACGUCUUCUGUGUAUGUCUAG